UCCAGAACCUCAGAGCAACAGACAAAGAUGUAGCUAGCGCUGGAUUACAGUACUGAUUUAUUUUUUAAUUUGCACAUUCGAAAAAGAGUGACAACACGUUUGCAGAGCGUUUUGGGUCUGCUCGUCCUACGCGGCAUGGAGCCAACGGCAUCUGGAGUGUUCUGUGACCGAAUGCUUAGCAUGGUCAACUCGGAGGAUGUGAAUGCCAUCAUCCAAGCUCAGAGGCACAUGUUGGACCGCUUUGAGAAAACCAAUGAGAUGCUCCUGAACUUUAAUGGACUGUCCAGCGUGCGACUCCAGCAGAUGAAUGAGCACUUCCUACACCACACCCGCACACUAGUGGAAAUGAAGAAGGAUCUGGACAGCAUCUUCAGAAGAAUAAGGACACUGAAAGGAAAAAUUGCAAAGCAGUACCCAGAGGCCUUCAGCAAUAUCCAUGAGUCUCCUAUACUGGAGGACGAUGAUGAGUUUGACCCUGUCCCACAAAGCACAGCCACCACAGCAACGGCCACUUCAGAGCAGAGCACUGAGUCAUGCGACACCAGUCCGGACAUCAUCUCCCCAACAGUUAGCCGAUGCUCAGAAGACUCUGCCCAAGAACCGCUGGACACACCUACAUCAGAUGGCCUAGGUGUGGCCGUGCUGCAGGACGAGGGUCCGGAUUAGGCCCGAAGAGACGCCCAGGGCAUGUUACAGUUCUCCGUAACUUAGAUACUAACUGUGGCUGUGUUUGUUUUGGGAUAUAAUGCACCCUGCCACAUUUUUGUCCAGUGAAGGAGGACACACAAGCUUGCAUUAUGAUCUUGCAGCACUAUUCAUUAUCAAGGCCAAGUACUUGAAUUUUGUUUUUUUUGUUUUUUUUUUUUUUUCCUGUUCCAAUUUAAUCCUUACAAGGUAUUGAACUACUCUGCUGCUGUGGUGGCUGUAUCUUUUUCAUUUAUACAUAAGCCUUUUAAAGUUUACUAAAAUAUUUUCAAGAGAUGCAUUUAAAAAGAUUAAGGAAUAUGCAAUCUUUUACAUACAAGGAUGUCUAUUUUUUAUGAUUAUUGUGGCAUCCCGUUCAAUGAAAGACAUUUCUGUUUGUCCGUAAGCAUUUAAUCUAUUGAGAUGUUAUUUGGGUUGGUCUCCUCACUCUGGAGAGGAGCUGAAUAAAUUAUAUUCUUAAUUACUAAACAAUGAUACAAUACAAAAUUUAACCUUUAGAAUGUGCCAGCCAAUGAUGAAACCGAGUGUUAUUUUGUUAGUUUAGCUUUGCUAUAUAUUGUACUCCAAAGUACUGAAGUUGUAAUUUGAUUGUAAAGGAGCUGUAUUUUUUCCAUAUGCAUUUGUUAUUGGUUGUGUGUCUUUUAAGUAGCUAAAUAUGAAAUGCCAAAUUAUGUAUUAAUUAGACUCAACAAUAAAA